UCGGGUGAGACGGGCCCUGAUCUGAUACCAUGUGAAAUUAGGUCUUAGGUCUAACUCAAACCCCAAAAGUUAGCUCAAAUUGAGGAGGAUUGUCCAAGCCUUAUAAGAAGUAUAUACAUGUGAAUCACUCUAAAUACAUAUAUCUAGUGUGAUUUACACGUGUUUGAGAUAUAUACAAAUCUCGCUCACCUCCGUCCUCUAUCGUAUCCAAGUUUCAUAAAGUCAUAUUUCAAAUUCAUUAUCUCCUUCUCACUGUUUAAUCCCGCGGCCUCUUGACCAUUCCAUCCGGAACAGACCAUCCCCCGCCUUCUCAUUCCAAGUCACUUUAGCCAACUUUUUUCUCUAUAUUUUUUAAAAGGAUUUGAUCAUUUGUUGCAUUCACGUAAAGUUUAAUUAGUUGACAUUUGAGAUCAUUCACUUAUCAAGGAUUCUAUAGCUGUAUUUUUUUUUUCUUUUCAAUUAUUAUAAUUAAGCUUGAGUUUAAUUAAUAGAUCUCAUUCAGUUUAAUACUAUUAGAAUGAUUUCUUUCACAUGAGAGAGAGAAUGAGGGAAAAUUUAUUUUUAUUUAUAAUUGUUCACGUGUAACAAUAUAUAAAGUUCCUUUUCCAUACACAAAUUUGAGCAACUAACUUAUUAUUUCACAUCUUCCAUACUAUCAAAAAUCAAAUUUGAGAAUUCUAUUUUGGUUAAUCUGUAUUGAUAUGGCAAUAAUAUCUAUUCCUAGUAGCACCACAAUGUUUCCAAUGCCUCAACAAGUAUUGAGACAAGAUAGAGAGGUUGUUGUCGCUGAGGAAAUCGGCCGUGCCAGAAUGCUCACCAUGAAUCGGCCUAACCAUUUAAAUUAUAUAUCAGGCAAAAUGGCAUUAACGCUCGGACACAACUUUGAGAAAUAUGAGGACGAUGAUAAUGCUGACUUUGUUAUCAUCAAGGGAGCUGGCCGUACUUUUUCUGCUGGUGGGGACUUGCGUAUUUUCUAUGAGGAACGAAAUACAAGGGAUUCUUGCCUUGAAGGUACUUAUAGAAUGUAUUGGCUUUGCUACCACAUUCAUACUUACAAGAAACCACAUAUUGCUCUUGUACAUGGAAUGUCUGUGGGUGGGGGUGCAUCCUUGAUGGCUCCAAUGAAAUUCUCUGUUGUCACUGAGAAAGCGUUUAGUUCCACUCCUGAAACAAAUAUAGGGUUCCAUCCAGACUGUGGCUUCUCAUAUAUGCUUCCGCGUCUUCCAGGUCGACUAGGGGAAUACUUGGGCUUAACAGGAGAAAAACUAAGGGGUAAAGAAGUGGUUGCUGCUGGACUAGCCACUCAUUUUGUUCCUUCACAGAAAUUAUUUCAGCUAGAGAAGCAUUUGCUUAGCAUAAAAAGUGGUGAUGAGGAUACAAUUAGAUCAGUCAUCAAUGAAUUUUCCUCAAAUAUUCACAUUGAUGAAAGAAGUGUUUUGAACAAGUUGUCCAUAAUCAAUGAAUGUUUCUCCAAGGAUUCUGUGGAGGAAAUUAUUGAGUCAUUUGAAGCUGAGGGAAGCAGAAAAGGAAAUGAUUGGAUUCUGGCAGUGCUUAAAAGCCUAAAGAAAGCAUCUCCAACAGCACUAAAAAUAACAUUGAGAUCGAUACGAGAAGGAAGGACACAAACAAUAUCUGAAUGUUUGAGAAGAGAAUUCAGGAUUUCAAUGAACAUACAACGAGCCAUAACAUCUGGUGAUUUUUAUGAGGGCAUAAGGGCUCAGAUAAUUGACAAGGAUAAGUCUCCAAAGUGGAACCCUUCAACUCUUGACAAAGUGCAUGAUGAUCAACUUGACUUAAUCUUCAAGCCAUUUGAAGAUCAUGAGUUGGAACUUCAAAUUCCUAUUAAUGAAGAAGAAUACAGGUGGAGAGGAAAAUAUGAAAAUUCGAGCUAUUCUCAUCUCCGUGGAAGUGUCCUUAUGUAAUUUGUUUUAUGUUAUUACUAACACACAACAAUGUAUAUAGUUAUUUGUAACAAAAUGCAUAUACAAGUGUACGCGGUCUCCAAAUAAUACAAUGAAUUAAAGUAGUCAGAUAUUGAUCCCAUGGCCACUUGAUUUAUAGUUUAUUAAACUCAAUUGGAGUAAAUAU